AUGCAUCCAUCAAUCUAUUACACGCCGAUUAUUAACUCCUCAUCUCCAGUAUUCCACUUCGCUGGAGCAUCGUCAUCAGAAUCCUCAAUGUCUAAGCAACACCUCAAUCUCGCAUCUCAAACCUCAAAUCUUGCACCUAUCCCCGUACUCCCAACCCCUAACACCACAUUCACACCCACACCAUCUUCUCACUCCCAUCCCCUAACACCACACCUCACUCCCAUCUCAUCAUUCCCAUCCGAUAUACUCCUCUCACUCCUCCUCUCCUCUACACCCAUCUCCUCAUCUCCCCAUCUCCUCUCUAUACAUUUCUCCAUCCCACCGUCUAGCCAAGCUCCUCCGCCAUCUCGGUCCCGAGCUCGUUCCCGAACCUCCCCAUCUCAAUUUCAUUUUUCCAUCCAAUUUCCAAUUUCCAAUCUCCAACAAAAACAUCCCCCAAACCCAUUCAGAGGUUUCCUCAUCUCUUUAGAGACUUAG